GAUAUUAUGUAAGCACUUAGAGUGUCUUAGAGUAAACAAAAGUAUAUAACAUGAAAGCUAUUUAUCAGUUAUGUAAAUAUGUAUCUAAGUAGACUUAUUUUUUUAUCAUGCCACAACACCCAUUUUAAGGCCACUAAAUAACUAAAGUCCUCGAAAUGCCGCCUGUACACUAACUAAUAGCGCAGAAGCUUAGUAAACGUAAAUAAUUUCAAUUUAAUGCCACACAAACACUUAGUAAAAAUCAUAAAAAAAAUCGUAAAAAUAUCGCUGUACGCAUACUUAUGACACACAGUGUGUUUGUGUGUUACUUAAUACCACCGCGUAAUGCGCUAACAAAUUUAUAAUUGUAAGCUAUUAAUCAUUGAUAGACUAGGCGCAACAGUGGAACGCCUACUAAGCGCACACACUACUGCACAAACACACACACAUACACAUUCGAACAUUUAGCAAAGAGCUCCACCUGGACGCUACGGCUGCUUUCCAAACUUGUUCUAACUAUGGCGUCGAAUUGCACCCAAAUCGGCGGCAACACGAACCAUUAUUUAGCUAGUGUCAGCCAACGAAACGUGUUGGCAGGCAUUGUUGUUGUCAUGUUGUUGUAGAUAGCCGAAAACCCGCGUGAAAAAGUGGCAAUAAAUAAAAUAAAAGUAAAAAAACAAAAAAAAAAACAAAAAAAGAACUCAUGAAAGAAGCCGCCUAAAAGCCAACGAAAGCCUCACGGUUUUUCAAUAAAUAAAAGAACUGGAAAUGCAGAAAAACAGAGGCAAAAAAUAGCGUGAAAAGAAAUCCAAUAUGAACCACUGAGAUAAGCGAUAAGCACACGCUGCACAGGCACACAUACGUAUAUAUGGAGCUGUGUUCGUGCGCUUCGUGCCGUCAUUGCGCGCUCUUGCUCUUGUUAUUAUUUUUUUUUUUUUGCUCUCAACCAAAAAUAUAUAGCUUUUCUACUCGUCGACUGGUAUAUGUAACCGCAAAAUCCCACCAAAACAAUUGUCAAAUGAUUUGUCUGCUGGCCGUCGUGGUUAGUUGUCGGCGCUCUCUCGCGCCUGUUCGUAUGCUCACAUAAAGUUGUUUUUUUUUUUUUUUGCAAAAGCAUGCUAAGUAGCCGCUAGUGAGAGGUGCAGAGUUGUGAUGCUCUUGCUUGUUCUUGCUCACCACAUGCAUUUUGCAGAUUUAAAGUCGCCACCCAUUUACCCACCACCCACAGUGUUGAUUUUUUUUUUAUAUUUUUAUUUUGAAGAAUUGAAUAACUGUUUUAAUUUCGAAGAAACUUGCAUGGAAUGUUAAUUAAAGAUUUUAAAUUUUUUAGUGUGGUGAACAAUCGUUUGAGCCAUUUUUUAAUAGUACUUCCUUUCGAUUAAACAAUUUUUUUUUUUUGUUUUUCACCACUAUUUCUAGGCUCUCGAAGUAAAAUAUUUGAAACUAAUGUCAAUUCUCGAUCUUUUUUCCUAAAAAUUUUAAAUAAUAUAUACCAUCUUCAAUUUUCUUUCGCAUGACACUUGUUUUGACAUUUACGCAACCGAAAAUGACAUUUGAGCCGACUCCAACAAAAAAAAAAUAAACAAAACAAAAAUUUGCCUCAAAACUCAUUUGACACUACGCUCUUGCAGCGCAUUCUUGACAAGUCCACCGCCAACCAUUAGCUUUGCACACCUGUCAUACUACUCAGCAACCAUGCCCAAUAUGCUGCUGGGCGCUCUUCCGGCGUCUGCACGAAAUUAGCGCCUUCUCCGACGUCACACGCAUAAUCUGACAUUAUAAACAUAAUAAUUUGACAGCUGCAGAGAUUGGUGCGCUUUGUUUAUCCGUCAAAACGCAUAUGCGCGCUCUGCCAUGCGGUACGCACACGCGCUCAUUUGCCCAUUUGGGCGCUCUCAUGUAACUCAUUUGACUUUCCGAUUUGCUCCAAAAUUGAUUUAGCGCCGGUUGUUGGCGCGCUCCGCUCCGCUCGAAAACACGAACUGUGAUUUAUGCGCCCGUGUACUGAUAAGUUCUUCGCAUGUUUGCUGAUUAGUAUUAUGCUUUGUUUUUUGUUGGUGGUUAGUGCGUAGCGCUCACUCUCUCUCUUUUGGUUUAUUGUCACCUUGCGCUAGCUGCUCCAUACUUUGCUGUGUGUGCGCGUCGUAGAAAUUUUAAAUGGCGUUCUCGUGCGCACCCUUCAGCCGCAGCAGCCGCCACCCAACCAACCAACCUGCCAGCCGGCCUUGCCAUCGUCGCGCGUAAUCAGCAAAGCUAACGCUCGUUUACACUGUUGUUGUUGUUAUUGUUUUCUUAUUUUUGCUAAUGUUGUUGAGUUGCUGAUUGCGUCGUUAGCUCUACUUCGUUACGCUGCUGCUCUUUGCUACCUUCUACUUUAUUGCUUGCUUUUCUAUUUCAUCUCCGUGACUUCUACAGUGACUACAGCGCAGUGGCGCUCUCGCUCUUUCAGCACACAUGUGCACAGCGCAGCUUUAGCUUUAGCUUACGCUCUACCUUCGCUCACAGCAUAUUCAUUUUCAUGAUUUCUUAUUUAACCUUCCACAUUUUUACUUUCGCCCUCCUACCGCUGCCGCGUCGCAACACUCGCUCACUCUCAGCUAUUGCUAUUGCCGCUGCCGCUGUCGCGGCUGCUGCUGCUGCUUACAGCUAUUUCAGAGUGUAUGUGUGCGUGUGUUUGUGUCGUCAUUUUUGUGCAGUUUUUCUCGCCAGCCAACGACAUCGUCUUCAUCGGUUUUCAUAACUUCGUGCGGUUCGUGAUUUUCAACGUCUCGAGUUCUCGAUUGCGCCGCGACGACAGCAAUGAGACACAUUAUACAUUUUUUUCGGCCAUUUAACAUUUUUAGCACAAGUAUUUAGUGUUUUUAAAUAAUCCAAAAAUUAUAUAUACUUCAGUGUACACAGCAUACCAGUGGACGGUGGUGAAAAGUGUCAGUGAUUGAUACGCGUGCGUGUGCCGUUGGACGGACAAAUAGCGAGCCGAAAAGAAAAAAAUACAAAAAAAAAUUAAAGGAGAAGGAGGUGAAGUGAAGAAUAUUUGUUGAAAAAAAUUAAAAUGCUCGAACGUCAAAACUGUCAUUACCAUUGAGUGAGGCGGUCAGUGCGGUGCAGUGUCGGGCUGUGAGACUAACAUAACAUUAGUGCAUAGUGUGUAGGUCACAAAGCUAAUCGGACAAGCAAAAAAAUGGUGUGAAAAUAAAUUUAAAAAAAUUACUUAGUUAAAACCUCACAGCUGUGGCGUGUGUUGCCACUCGUUCACCAAAUGGCACAGUGGCGGUAAAUUAUCAGCAGCUAUAAGAAAGAAAGAAAGAAGAAAAAUAAAGAAUUCUUCAACAAACAUCACAAACAAUAGCAUUGACCGCGCGUCGUACAUGCAGCAGACGUUGGUGCGGUUGGAAGUGCACUGUGUGCAGUCGUAGCAGAUGAGUGCAAGCAAGAACACACAAAAUAACAAAUAAAACAGACAAAGCAAAGCAACAGCGCACAGUCAAUCGUUCGGUUGGUCGGUCGGUCGGUAUGCAAUUGCGCUCGUCUAUGUGUUCGCGCGUGUGUUUAUUAACUGUGCACGAGCAGCACAUCAUCAUCAACAACACAACAAUUGCUGCAUUACUUAAGUGAAUUAAAAGUGAAAAAAUCAAAAAAUUCAAAAAAAAUAUAAUCAGCGAAAAUACAAUAACAACACAAAGUCAGUUAAUGCACUGGCGCUGUCAUUACAGACUAGCAGUGAGACAGGCUGGCGCUAUUGCAGUGCGCCGGCCAAGCAGUUAACUACAACAACGCGUCGUGUCACAUACGAAAAAGAAUCGAAAUUGUGCAAAAUAAUGGCAAGAAAAGUGUUAUUGAAAAGUGAAAAGAGUGUGGUGUAUUUGUGAUUCUUUCUUGCUGUGCAUUCAAACGGUAAGCCAGCACCUGCAGUGACGUGUUUCAUUCAUGCACGUACAUGCAUGCAUGCACCUCUGUGUGCUUUUGUGCGUAUUUGUGUGACUUAUGCGGAGGAAAGUGAAUAAAGAACAAUUGUGCUACGAAACAUUUUUAAACCGAACAUUUUAUUGCGAAUAAAUACAAUUAACUAAGUGCUCAUUAAAAAUACACAAAAACAAAGCAAAAAACUCAAACUAAUAAAAUACUCCACGUAGUGUUUAGUGUGAACAAAAUGCGACAGCGGCAAUGAUUGCCACACUAUUCAUCGUUUUUGCAUUUAUACGUGCGUUCCCCUGGCGGAGACGGCGACCACGUCCACUACAACUCCCACCAGCCGCGCCUAACCAGGCGUUACCACCGCCCUCAGCAACCACAACAGAGAAGACAAGCACCACCACAACAACCGAAUCCCACCCAACCAUAACAACAAUAGUGCCAGCAACAACAAACGAAUACGGUGAAAAACCACCGCCUACAACACCGCUCACCAAUGGCAGCGCCGUGCCGCGUAUACAACACGCGGACGUCACCACCAGCAGUAACGGCACUUAUGAUGCCGCCAAAACGGUAGUGUCCGGUGAUGAGCUGGAGGAGACACCGCGACGCUCAUCUGUGCUACAGACGCGCCGCAAAUCCUCUAAAUCGCUGAAAUACCACGAAGUUACUUUCAGCGGCAGCGUUGGUGGCGGCGAGAGUGAUGAUAAUGAUCACGAAACACCACAGACACGCCGCAGCUCCCACCACAAACCGCACUAUCACCACCACCAACAUCACCAGCAGCAGCAGCAGCGACAUCUGUUGCAGCAUCAGCAAACGCUGACGGCCAAUUCGCGUCCCACCUCACCGGAUAGCCACAGUUCGGCGUCGCACUAUCGCUCGCUGAGCAGCGGUCGUACGCGCACCUCCACCGAUUAUGAAACUGCCAGCAGUGAGUUAUACAACAGCGCAAGAUCGCAAUUGGACACAACGGCGGAGUCAAGCGCUGGCCUUGGUGGCAUUGAUGCGGUGCAUGCGUAUGCUGUCGGCGGUACAAAUGGUCAAUUACCCGCGGCCACUAGUACCGUACGUAGUUUCGCUGGCGGGCGACGCUUUCCACCGCGACGCGCCGCCACACUCGCCACCGAUACGCUGGGCACAGAUGAUGAGGGCGCUGCGACUGACGCACACGAUGAGGAUGGCGAGGAUGCGGGCGAUGAUGAUGAUCACGAUCCGGAUUCAUAUGAUCGCGAAACGGAGGAGUUCUACAGCAAUAUACAAGAUGCUGUAUGCCCCUCGGGUACGCGUAGUAAACGUUCAUCGCUUUUCUCACGCUCCGAUUCAUCGGCCACAACAACAUCGUCAAGUGGUGGUGGUACUUUUACGGGCGGCAAGCGACGUUCCACCGCCUCGAUUUUAUCGUCGUCGAUGUGCUCCGAUGUGAUACCGAUCGAUAGACGUAGUUCGACUGCUACCGAGUACAGUGUACGUUCAGCGUCGGGUCAACGACGUUCUAGUGGACGUAUACGCCGUUAUAUAUCACGCAUGACGAUCGCCGGCGCGCGUCGACGCACCACUGGCAGCUUCGAUGUAGAAAAUGGCCAAGGCGCUAGAUCACCGCUUGAAGGCGGCUCGCCAAGCGCCGGCUUGGUACUGCAAAAUCUUCCACAACGUCGCGAAUCGUUCUUGUAUCGCUCGGAUUCCGACUUUGAGAUGUCACCAAAGUCGAUGUCGCGCAACUCAAGCAUUGCAAGUGAAAGGUUUAAAGAGCAGGAGGCCUCUAUCCUGAUUGACCGAUCCCAUGGUGAGGAUCUUAUUGUGACACCAUUUGCCCAAAUUUUGGCCAGCUUGCGUUCGGUGCGCAACAAUCUAUUAAGUCUGACAAAUGUACAAGCAUCCAACAAAUCCAGGCGCCCAACACAAUCGUCCAGCGUGGGACGUGCAUCCACAGCCGGCGUACAAUUGGUCCAAGGCGAUGAAUCCUACACACGUUUGGCUACAGACACAAUCGAGGAGUUGGACUGGUGUUUGGACCAACUGGAGACCAUACAGACACAUCGCAGUGUAUCGGACAUGGCAUCGCUCAAGUUCAAGCGUAUGCUCAAUAAAGAAUUAUCACACUUCAGCGAGUCGAGCAGAUCUGGCAAUCAAAUAUCGGAGUAUAUUUGUUCCACAUUUUUGGACAAACAACAAGAAUUGGACCUGCCCUCGAUGCGUGGCGACGAUAACCCUGACCAACACAAUAUGCUUACCCAGCAUCAGCGUUGCCGUUCGCCACGUGGUCCGCCCAUGUCACAGAUAUCGGGCGUGAAACGACCACUCUCCCAUACGAACUCUUUCACCGGCGAACGUCUGCCCACAUUCGGUGUGGAGACGGUGCACGAGAAUGCGCUCGGCACACUGCUCGGCGACGUCGACACAUGGGGCAUUGACAUAUUCAAGAUUGGCGAUUUGAGCGCCAAUCGUCCGCUCACCUGUGUGGCAUACACCAUAUUUCAGAGUAGAGAACUACUGACCAGUCUUAUGAUACCACCGAAAACUUUUCUUAAUUUUAUGACUACUCUGGAGGAUCAUUAUGUUAAAGACAAUCCGUUUCACAAUUCACUGCAUGCGGCCGAUGUGACACAAAGUACAAAUGUACUGCUCAAUACACCAGCGCUGGAGGGCGUAUUCACAUCGUUGGAAGUGGGCGGAGCAUUGUUUGCUGCUUGUAUACACGAUGUUGAUCAUCCUGGUUUAACGAAUCAAUUUUUAGUUAAUUCAAGUUCCGAAUUAGCCUUAAUGUAUAAUGACGAAUCUGUUUUGGAAAAUCAUCAUUUAGCAGUUGCCUUUAAAUUAUUACAAAAUCAAGGAUGUGAUAUAUUCUGUAAUAUGCAAAAGAAACAACGCCAAACAUUAAGGAAGAUGGUUAUCGAUAUUGUCCUUUCAACGGACAUGUCAAAACACAUGAGCUUGCUGGCCGAUUUAAAGACUAUGGUCGAGACGAAAAAGGUCGCCGGCUCCGGUGUGCUAUUGCUGGACAACUACACCGAUCGCAUACAGGUGCUCGAAAAUCUGGUACAUUGUGCCGAUUUAAGUAAUCCAACCAAACCGUUGCCAUUGUACAAACGCUGGGUCAGCCUACUUAUGGAGGAGUUCUUUUUGCAGGGCGAUAAAGAACGUGAAUCGGGCAUGGACAUUAGUCCCAUGUGUGAUCGUCAUAAUGCCACAAUCGAAAAAUCGCAGGUCGGAUUUAUCGAUUAUAUUGUGCAUCCAUUGUGGGAGACAUGGGCCGAUCUGGUGCAUCCCGAUGCACAGGAUAUACUUGAUACGCUUGAAGAGAAUAGAGACUAUUAUCAGAGUAUGAUACCACCAUCACCACCACCAUCGGCGGCCGACGAUCAACCCUCCGACGAUAAGAUACGAUUUCAAGUAACACUUGAAGAGUCCGAUCAAGAGAAUCUAGCCGAACUGGAAGAGUGUGAUGAAAGUGAGCAUAACAAACCGGAAGCGGCCACUGUGACGACGGCGUCGGGGAGUGAGAAUCAAAGCCAUCACGGUGGAAUGUGACGGAGAGUAGCGGGACUAUGUAAGAAAAUCACCGAAAAGGCGCAAAAUUUUUUGCUAAUACGUUAGUAACAAACCAAACCAACUACAAAAACAGCUAGUGAAAUAAAUAACUAAAAUAAAAAUGCCAAAAAAACACAAAAAAAAAACCAAAAAAAAAAUACAUAAAAUUUAAAAUCUUAAAAAAAUGCAAUUUUUUGCAACCAAAAAAAUACAAAAAAGAAAAAACAAAACAAACGUGCUGAGUUGAAGGACAAAAUGUUUAAAAGGAAGACAUAAAGCGGAAGCAAAUGAAAGCAUACAUACAUACAUAAAAUAUAAAUUUAGAAAUUUCAUAGUAGCAUAGCCAAGACAAAGAAGAAGAUGAAGAAGAAGAGGAGAAAAAAAUUACAAAAGAAUAAAAAUCAACAUACAUAUACAUACAUAUAACGAUAAAUACAUGCAGAAAAUGGAUAAUUUUACUUUAAAACUAAAGAAAACAAAACAAGAAAUUGCCAAAAAGCAAUAAUUAACAAUGAAACACGGAGUGUAAAGAAUGCAAAAAACACUCAAACACACACAUACAUACACUCACACAACACAUUCAGCACAAAUGUAUGACAAACAAAAUGCAACUACAACAAAGACAAGCGCAUGUUUACAACAAACAUACAGCCAUACCAUAUACACACAAACAUACAAAGCAUACAGAUGAAUAUAGAAAAUCAUAAAGCACAUUUAUUUGCGGAAAACCUCACACAAAACAAGAAAAUUAUUUAGUAAACUCUGUUUUUUACAAUUUCAAAACCGCUGCAGCAUAAUUUCAUUAAUUUCAUACAUUUGCAAAAUUAGAAAAAAAUUUAUUAAAAACUACAGUUAAGACAAAAUGGUAGCCAAACAAAGUCAAAUAUGCUUGCCAUUCAAGAAAUAUAAUUUAACACAAAGGCAUUGCUGGACACAUAACUAUGCAAAACUAACUAGAAAAGUAUAAAAAUAAAUAAAGACAAGACGAAACGCAAGGUUGUAAUUCAAAAACAAAAAGUUUUUAAACAUUUUUCAUGCUGAAAAUGGAAAAUACUAACACAAUAGUAGCGGCUGAACACACCGAAUAGCGUUAUAACUGACCCCGCACGCCUUGUACGGUUUUAAUUUCAAACGCAUAACAUUUUUUUUAAAUAAUUUUUUAAAAAUUCCAAUCAAAAAUAUUUACACAAAAAAUGGCUGCAGUUGCAAUGAAAACAACUUGACUAUGAAACCUACUGGCAAUUUUAAAACAACUUGACGCAAGCCUAAAUAAUAUUACAUACUUAACGGUAAAUGCAAAAAUAGUAAAAGAUAAAUCAAUGUAUGAAAUAGGUUCCAAACGAAAAUUGUUCGAAAAAUUUCAAAAUUAUACUUAAAUGCUGAGUUAUGAAUGUAGCAUUGCUGCGAAAGAUAUUCAAUAGAGAGCUGACAAAAAU